GGGGCGGGGGCGGAGGAGAGGCUGUGGGAGAAGGGAGGGACCAAAGGAGAGAGCAGAGAGGGCUUCCAACUCAGUUCGCCGACUAAGCAGAAGAAAGAUCAAAAAACGGAAAAGAGAAGAGCAAACAGGCAUUUCCAGGAGCAAUUCCCUCACCUCCAAGGCGACUGCGCUCUAGGAAUCCACAUUCCGUUCCUUUAGAAGACAAAGGCGCCCAAGAGAGCAGCGGCGCGACCCCAGGGCGUGGGCCCCGCCGCGGAGCCCGCACCGCCCGGCGCCCCGACGCCGCGGACCAUGUCUCCCGCCCCUCGACCCUCCCGCAGCCUCCUGCUCCCCCUGCUCACGCUCGGCACCACGCUCGCCUCCCUCGGCUGGGCCCAAAGCAGCAACUUCAGCCCCGAAGCUUGGCUGCAGCAGUAUGGCUACCUACCUCCAGGGGACCUGCGUACCCACACACAACGCUCACCCCAGUCACUCUCAGCUGCCAUUGCCGCCAUGCAAAGGUUCUAUGGUUUACAAGUGACAGGCAAGGCUGAUUCGGACACGAUGAAGGCUAUGAGGCGCCCUCGCUGUGGUGUUCCAGAUAAGUUUGGGACCGAGAUCAAGGCCAAUGUUCGGAGGAAGCGCUAUGCCAUUCAGGGCCUCAAGUGGCAGCAUAAUGAGAUCACUUUCUGCAUCCAGAAUUAUACCCCCAAGGUGGGCGAGUAUGCCACAUUCGAAGCCAUUCGGAAAGCCUUCCGGGUAUGGGAGAGUGCCACGCCACUGCGCUUCCGGGAAGUGCCCUAUGCCUACAUCCGGGAGGGUCAUGAGAAGCAGGCUGACAUCAUGAUCUUGUUUGCUGAGGGUUUCCAUGGCGACAGCACACCCUUUGAUGGUGAAGGAGGCUUCCUGGCUCAUGCCUAUUUCCCAGGCCCCAAUAUUGGAGGGGAUACCCACUUUGAUUCUGCUGAGCCCUGGACUGUCCAAAAUGAGGAUCUAAAUGGGAAUGACAUCUUCUUGGUGGCUGUGCAUGAGUUGGGGCAUGCCCUAGGCCUGGAACAUUCCAACGACCCCUCCGCCAUCAUGGCUCCCUUUUACCAGUGGAUGGACACAGAGAAUUUCGUGUUGCCUGAUGACGAUCGCCGCGGCAUCCAGCAACUUUAUGGAAGCAAGUCAGGGUCACCCACAAAGAUGCCCCCUCAACCCAGAACCACCUCUAGGCCCUCUGUCCCAGAUAAGCCCAGAAACCCCACCUAUGGGCCCAACAUCUGUGAUGGGAACUUUGACACCGUGGCCAUGCUCCGAGGAGAGAUGUUUGUCUUCAAGGAGCGAUGGUUCUGGCGGGUGAGGAAUAACCAAGUGAUGGACGGAUACCCAAUGCCCAUUGGCCAAUUCUGGAGGGGCCUGCCUGCAUCCAUCAACACUGCCUAUGAGAGGAAGGAUGGCAAAUUUGUUUUCUUCAAAGGAGAUAAGCACUGGGUGUUUGACGAAGCUUCCCUGGAACCCGGAUACCCCAAGCACAUUAAGGAGCUGGGCCGAGGACUGCCCACGGACAAGAUCGAUGCAGCUCUCUUCUGGAUGCCCAACGGGAAGACCUACUUCUUCCGGGGAAAUAAGUACUACCGCUUCAAUGAGGAGUUCAGGGCAGUGGACAGCGAAUACCCCAAAAACAUCAAAGUCUGGGAAGGAAUCCCUGAGUCUCCCAGAGGCUCAUUCAUGGGUAGUGAUGAAGUCUUCACAUACUUCUACAAGGGGAACAAAUACUGGAAAUUCAACAACCAGAAGCUGAAGGUAGAGCCCGGGUACCCCAAGUCAGCUCUGCGGGACUGGAUGGGCUGCCCUUCGGGGGGCCGGCCCGACGAGGGGACCGAGGAGGAGACGGAGGUGAUCAUCAUCGAGGUGGAUGAGGAGGGCAGCGGAGCCGUGAGUGCAGCUGCUGUUGUUCUGCCGGUGCUGCUGCUGCUCCUGGUACUGGCAGUGGGCCUUGCUGUCUUCUUCUUCAGACGCCAUGGGACACCCAAGCGACUGCUUUACUGCCAGCGUUCACUGCUGGACAAGGUCUGACCCCCACCACUGGCCCACCCGCUUCUACCACAAGGACUUUGCCUCCUCCGAAGGCCAGUGGCAGCCGGUGGUGGCAGGUGGGCUGUUCUCACCCAUCCUGGGCUCCUUCCCUCCAGCCUCCCUUCCCAGUCCCUAAUUGGCCUCUCCCACCCUCACCCCAGCCUUGCUUCAUCCAUAGGUGGGUCCCUUGAGGGCUGAGCAGAAGAUGGUCUGGCCUCUGGCCCUCAAGGGACCCUCAUAGCUUGGUGUGUGUCCAACCCUAUUUGAAUGUUGUCAAGGCUCUGCACUUGAAGGCAGGACCCUCUGACCUUACAGGCAAAGGCCAAACGGGGUCAUCUGCUUCUCUUCCAUCCCCCUAACUACAUAUCUUAAAUCUCUGAACUCUGACCUCAGGAGGCUUUGGGCAUAUGAGCCCUAUACGUACCAAGUGUACCCAGUUGGCAGCCUCCCGUCACUCUGACUAAAAAGCAUCUUAAGAGUGCAUAUUUGGAGGUGGAAAGAUUGUUCAGUUACCCUAAAGACUUUGAAAGAAAGAAAGAAAGAAAGAAAGAAAGAAAGAAAGAAAGAAAGAAAGAAAGAAAGAAAGAAAGAAACUCACAGAGAGUCUUGGUGGCUUGGACAGCCAAGUUCCUCUCCACAAAGAUCUUCCUCUCUCCAACCCAGCCUGGAGAACCUUCGAAAGGAGCCUGAGCCAUUAAGGACUAAAUGGGUCUGAGGAAACCCUCGGCAACCCUGCCCCCCGCCCCCGAAUGUUAGCCUUGGCUGUCAAGUUCAAGGUUGGAAGAGCUGAAACCAGGGGGAAUGGUUCCGGGUGGAGUGAGGUCAAGGGGAGACAGCAGGAUCGGGAGCAUGAAGGAUGAGCCUCAUGGCUCUGCAGGAAAAGACCUUGUCCAAAUGCAGGUAGCUGGGGCUGGGACCCAAAGACAGCAGGCAGAGGGGGCAGCAAAUGCAGUGUGCUGGCGGCAGUGUAUUCCUGGGGGGUCUGGGCAGACGUCAGUGCACACACAGGACACUGGUACCCAGGAGUGGGCACAUUUCGUUAGAUGUCUCAGAGAGGGUCUUAAGGAAGCCACACUGGCCCCUUUUUGUCCCCUUGCACACAGCCUAGAAGGAAAGGAUAAGAAUUGAUACGGGAAUAAACAGAGCAUGCGUACAGGGACUCAAUGGAGACCAGAGGAGGCUGUCAGCUGCCUGGGCUUGCUCAGUCUUCCUCACUGCCCUAGUGAGGCAGGUGUCUGGGUGCUCUUGGUUAGGGUGGGCCUCCCCUUUCCUGAUGCAGGCACUCCUCAGCCCAUUUUACUUAUGUCCUGCCCUUCCUCUUCCCCACCCAGUUGACCCAUUUGAAGUCUCCUUCAGCCACUGAAGGUGGUCAUGGUACUGGGGACUUGGGAGAGUGAGACCCUGUGGAGGGAGAGGAGAGGAGAGUGUCUGGGUGAGGGUUGGGGAUAGGGGUGAACGGUGCUGGAAGCCCAGCUAAAUUUCUGUCUUGUUUGGGUUUUUUUUUGUUUUGUUUAAUGUAUAUUUUUAUUAUAAUUAUUAUAUAUGAAUGCCAUUCAAAUCGUUCCUUUUUGUUAACAAGGGGCAUGGGGAGGGUGGGGGGCGGAGGGGGGAAGAGGUGGCUGACCCCAGAAACCUGCAGGGCGGGGCUGGGUCAGUGCUCUCGAAGGACAUUUUUUGACCUUGUUCAACCUUUCCACGAAGAAUAAACUGUGUUUCACA